AUGGGGUUAUGUAGAAAGGCGACCCAGCCUGGGUGGAUAUACCACACCACCCUCCUGUGCAUUUAUGGAUUUUUUACCUCCAUGAGACCCUCAGAACCUUUCCUGACACCGUACCUGACAGGACCAGAACACAACCUGACACUGGAACAGGUGACAAACUCUGUGUUCCCAGUAUGGACGUACAGUUACUUGGCAAUAUUAUUCCCAGUUUUUGUACUUACAGACUACUUAAGAUACAAACCUGUCAUAAUCCUACAAGGCCUGAGUUACAUAAUCUCUUGGGUCUUGUUGCUGUUUGCCCGUGGAGUGCCAGCAAUGCAAGGCCUUGAGUUUUGCUAUGGGAUGGUGACUGCUACAGAAGUGGCCUAUUACUCCUACAUCUACAGUGUGGUUGACACAGAACAUUACCAGAAGGUCACCAGCUACUGUCGGAGUAUAACCCUUGUGGGUUUCACAGUUGCCUCUGUGUUGGGCCAACUUCUGGUUUCCUUGGCUGGAGUUUCAUACUUUUACCUUAAUGUAAUUUCCUUGGUAUCCGUGUCAGUUGCUUUUCUGUGCUCUUUGGUACUCCCAAUGCCAAAAAGGAGCAUGUUUUUUCACCGGAAAGAAACAGGAGAUGCGGCUGGGAAGAAAUCUGGAGAUUCAAAACCCUCUGUGAAUAACAUGGAGGCACCACAAUGUGGAGAACUACAAAACUGUGAAAUAACAACAGAGCCAGACACAAAAAAUGAGAACAUUGAAACAAACGUCUGCAAGAUGUUAUUGCUACUAUUCAAAGACAUAAAAGAGUGCUACUCUUCAUCUCAGCUCAUUUAUUGGUCAUUGUGGUGGGCCCUUGCAACAGCUGGCUACAACCAAGUGAUUAACUAUGUUCAGAUUUUGUGGGAACACGUAGAACCCGCUCAGAACUCAACAAUAUACAAUGGAGGAGUAGAGGCUGUGUCUACAUUUCUGGGUGCUCUGUCCUCUCUGUCUGUGGGUUAUGUGAAAGUGAAUUGGGAGUUGUCGGGAGAGCUAGCCCUGGCCAUCUUCUCGGCUGUCAAUGCCGGAGCUCUAUUCCUCAUGGAUUACAGCACCAACAUCUGGAUGUGCUAUGCCGGCUACCUGAUAUUCAAAUCCUCCUACAUGCUCCUCAUCACUAUUUCCACGUUCCAGAUUGCUGUAAACCUGACCAUGGAACGCUAUGCACUCAUGUUUGGCAUGAAUACUUUCGUAGCGCUGGCUCUUCAGACCAUCUUGACCAUCAUUGUAGUGGACAGCAGAGGCUUGGGUCUGGAUAUUAUUACUCAGUUUCGGAUCUAUGGAAGUUACUUUGCAGUCAUUGCAGGAAUAUUCUUUGUGAGGAGCCUGUAUAUUAUAAUAACGCUGCGGUGCAAGGGACCCGAGAACCGCCAGGACACGGGAGCCAAAGUGGAGACCAAGCUGUAG